ACUUUGUUUGAAUUACAAAGAACAUUUCCAAAGUUUCAGAAUGGGUAUCUACCUAGCUUGGAUCGCUGUCUCACUCACACUACUGGUACAAUCAGGUGUAUUCUGCAAAACCAUCAAUUCAAAGACGAUUCAUCAUUUGAUGACAAAGAGGGAACUUCAGAAGUAUUUCGGCGUCGAAAACCAUGACCAAGUUCCAGAAUAUGACGUCACUCACCCGUACCAGUCCUCUCACGCGGGGGAGUUCGUCACUUAUGACUUGCGCAGUAAGCAUCGUACAAGACGUGAAGUAGAAGCAGAUGACAGACAUCACUAUUCACUAAACGCUUUUGGUAAAACACUCCACCUGAGUCUGCGGAAGAACAAGAAUCUGAUCAAACCAGGACUAGAAGUAGAGUCACAUGCAGAUGGCAAAGUAAAAAAGACAAGAAUAAGUCCUAGUACGCACUAUCUGGGAGAAGUCAGGGAUCAUCCUGAAUCAUCUGUGGCUAUCACCAACCAUGGCGCACUGACAGGGAUGAUAAAACUGCGUGAUGAUGCCUACUUCCUUCACCCUCUUCCUCAUCGCAUAGCGAAGAAAGUCCGUAGAAAUAAGCACAGCGCUGCCCAUAUCAUCUACAAGUACGACCUAGGAGGACCAUCGGAAGACAGCCCCGUUCUAACUAUUGAUGAUGCUGUUAAAAAUAUAAAAGGCUUAAAGAAACGUGUGGUCCAGAGCAAACGAGUCAACGACGAAAAUGACCCGGCCGUUAACUUCACUGAACGAUAUCUAGAGCUGGGGAUGGUGGCAGAUCAACAGGUCAAAGCAAUCCAUGGAAACAAUGAUACAUAUACUGCUGAUUAUCUGCUGACGAUCGGUAACAUUAUGAAUGGAAUCUUUCAUUACGACUCUUUUGGCGAACAAAAAGUGGCCAUCGUCAUUAACAAGAUAUUCAUUCUCACCAAUGAUGAGUUCGGUGCACCUUCUACGAGUAACGCAAGCGUCAAGAUACACACUUUAAUACGUUGGACCAACAAACAAUAUCCAGCGCCCUCUGACGGGAGUAACACGCCUCCACCUUUUGACGCGAUAUCACUUAUUCACAAAGGCGGAAGCUUGAUAGGUCUGGGGUUGUUGAGUGGCUUGUGUGUUGUUCGCAUCGCUCCGUCCAUUGCAGCUGACAUGGGACUCCAAACCGCAUACAAAUUAAGUCAUGAAAUUGGUCAUAACAUGGGAUUGGGUCAUGAUGGAGCCAAUUCGUGCCCUCCUGGUAACAUAAUGAGCACUUCUGUGGUAGGAGGUCCUGAGAUGUUUAGAUGGUCCAACUGUAGCAAAAAUACGGUCCAAAAUUAUCUGAGGGGCCCUAUGUCAUAUUGUUUAAAGGACAAACCACCCACCGAUCGUCCCGCUCUACCCAUCUCGAUCCUUGGCAAACUUCCGGGCGAAGUGAACGAUGGUGAUAUUCAGUGUAAAUACCAGUAUGGAUCGACCUGGCGUCGAUGCCCUCAAGAAUCAGGUAACUGCAAAGCUCUCUUCUGUACAGUAGAUUAUGUGUAUUGUCACAGCUACGCCGCUGCACCUUUGAGUGGAACUUCAUGUGGUGCUAGGAACUGGUGUGUCGAAGGGAAAUGUGUUGAUAAUGGAAGUCCAUACGUCAAUGGUGCCUGGAGUGCUUGGUCUGAUACAUACACGAAGUGUAGUCAAACGUGUGGAGGGGGUGUGCAACACCGUACAAGAACUUGCAGCAAUCCACCACCUCAGAAUGGUGGCGAUCCAUGUGAAGGAAGCGAAUCCGGACACUGGAGAAUUUGUAAUCCAGAGGACUGGAUAAAGCGGACACCAUUCAGUCAUUGCCUCCUGGAACAAUGAAAGCUCAUUUCGAGAAAAGAGGUGCAUCUUGGAAUCUGUUAGGUAUUCAGGAUAAGGCAGGAAAAUAUCUGAUAAGAUUACCCUCUUGGUCAACAUCGGUAAAAGCAGCCGGGAGCAUGAUAGUCUACAAGCACGAAGAAAAUCUAUAUAAAGACAUCCUUGAUAUUGAUGGACCAACAACGGAAACUUUGCUGGUCAAGUUUAUUUAUUUACACGGACGUAACGGAGGAGUUGACUUCAGGUACUAUGCUCCUUCCAACGUGUCCCAACCAUCAACAUAUGUUUGGAAUACCUCUGAUUGGUCUAGCUGUACCAGCACGUGCGCAGGAGGUUAUAAGACGCGAUGGGUUUAUUGCAUUCGUGCUGAUGAUAAAACACACGUUAGUGAAUCAUUGUGUGAUUCAGCAUCCAAACCUCACAUGGGGCAGCCAUGUAACACUCAGGCUUGCCCAGCAGAGUGGCAUCUAACUCGUUGGCAGGAAUGUUCUAAAUCAUGUGGCAAAGGCUCCCAGUCACGUCGUCUGUACUGCCAUAAGAAGAUCAACUCCACAAGCUACGAGGAAUUACCUGACAGCAGUUGUUCAGCCUCUAAUAAGCCCAACGUCACUAAGCUCACUAGAAACUGUAGACAAAUUGAGUGCCCACCCGAUUGGCAGUCCUUGGAAUGGUCUCCAUGCUCGACCACCUGUGGUACUGGAAUCAUUACAAGAAAACUUGUCUGUCGUCAAGUUGAUGCCGAGGGAGUGGUAAAAACGGUAACAAGCACAAUGUGUGAUCAGAUGCCAAAACCAAUUACAUCACAGCCUUGCAACGCAGAUACUCCAUGUGGCCCACCUGAUAAAAUUAAAAUUGCCUGCUUCAAAGCCAAUCCUGUUCCUCUGGAGCAAAUCCUGGGAGAUUUAAGAGGUUCUGUUAAUCUUGAUCACACGGAAAUCGCAGUGGAAAUGUGCCUUAACCUCACUCAUGAAGCUGGGUUUACAUACUUUGCAAUGGCUAACAAUGGCAUAUGUUACUCUGGACCAAACACCAAGACUAAGUACUAUGAGCAGGGUCCAGCAUCGAUGGCUGAUUGUAACAAUGGUAUUGGAAAUCAAGGAUACAUGUUUGUCUACACCAUGGUUCAAUUACCGCCCCUCACAAGUCUUGGCUGUUACAAUGAUCGCAGAACAAAGGCAGCUGUCUUACCAACCCUCUACGCCAACUUUCGCAGUCAGAUCAACUGGCGCAACAUGAACUUGACCAUCAGCCAGUGUGCGCACGUAGCACGUGACAUGGAGCGGUCUUAUUUUGGUAUUCGUUUCUACGGUGAGUGUUACACUGCCCCGGAUGACGAUGCUGCCGCUGCCUAUUCCAGCCAAGGACCGGCAACCAGCUGCUGGAGUGGAGUUGGAUCUAACUACGCUUCCUUUUUCUACACAUUCAAAAAUGUGUAGUAACAUGGUUGAAAAAAAAAA